AUGUGCUCCUGCUUCCGUUUGCACUGUUUUCUGCUCCUUCCACAGGAGGCUCUGGACUUAACCUGUCCAAAAGCGCCCUGCUUCGUGAGGUUCUCGGAGAGGGAGCAGAUCGCAAAUCUGCAAGCCGAGAUCAAUCAGAAAAAAAUGGAAAUUGAAAUCCUGGAAUUGGAGAAGGAGACAGCAGACAUUACUCACCCCUUUUACUUGAACCAAAAGUGCCAGAUCUUUCAAGAUAUGAACAACCACUUGGAAGCAGUGCUGAAAGAGAAAAGGGCUCUCAGAAAAAGGCUAAUUAGGCCCAGAUGUCAAGACAGCCUGCCUAUUGAGGCUCCUUACCACAAGUAUAUAGUAGAGUUGUUGACUGAGGCUGUGACCUUCAUUGAGAAGCUUGAAAAACAUUUGCAGACAGUAAGAAGCAGCCCUCAGAUACCCACCUUAAUGAAGGAUAUGGACACCGCUCUGACAAAAACAGAGAUACUAGUGAGAGAUUUGGAGGAACUGACAGAGCAAAUACUAAAAUGGAGGGAAGUGCAAAAAGAGGUGCAUUCUGACAGCAUCUACAAUCCCGCUGAAUUCGACUUUAGCUCUUAUUUAACCUGA